AUGGUUUUUUUCUUUACAGCCACACACUCUCUGCAGUACCAUUACACUGCAGUCACAGCACGACUUCAUUUCCCAGAGUUCACCGUUGUUGGUCUGCUGGAUGGAGAGCAGUUUGUUUACUAUGACAGUAACAUCAUGAAGAAGAUCCCAAAGACUGAGUGGAUUGAGAAGAAUGAGGAUGAAGAUUACUGGAAUGAAGAGACACAGACCAGUCAGGAUCAUCAGGACAAGUUCAAACAUGAUGUGGCUAAUCUAAUGAAGCGCUUCAACCACAUUCAAGGAGUUCACACACUGCAGCAGAUGUACGGCUGUGAGCUGGAUGAUGAUGGCACUAUUAGAGGAUUCUGGCUGUACGGCUAUGAUGGAGAAGACUUCCUCAGUCUGGAUCUGAACACUGAAACCUGGACUGCAGCUCAUCCUAAAGCUGUUAUUACCAAAGAGAGGUGGGAGAGUGAAGAUGAAGCUCUUCAUGUUAAAGCCUACCUGGAGAAUGAAUGCACUGCAUGGUUACUGAAGUAUGUGGCAUACGGCAGAUCCAGUCUGGAGAGGAAAGUCCCUCCUGAGGCGUCUCUGUUCCAGAAGGACUCUUCUUCUCCAGUGGUGUGUCAUGCUACAGGUUUCUUCCCCAAAGCAGUGAUGAUCUCCUGGCAGAAGAAUGGAGAGGAUCUGCAUGAGGACGUGGAGCUCAGAGAGACGCUACCCAACCAGGAUGGAACCUUCCAGAAGAGGAGCGUUCUGACUGUCUCACCUGAGGAGCUGAACAAACACAACUACACCUGCAUCAUUAAGCACAGCAGCCUGGAGAAGAAGGUGGUGCUGCUGGUGUCUGAACUCAGAGGUGGAGGAUCUGCGGACGCCACUACUGGAGAUCACGGGUUCAAUACUGGAAUUGCAGUCGGGCUUGUUCUUGCUCUUCUCCUUGUCAUUGUUGCUGGAGUGUUUGUGUGGAAGAGGAGGAGAAAAUCUGGCAGAUAAACACUGCAGCGGACAGUGACCACUCGAUCAGUGGGUCAAGCUUCCCUGCCAUUAAGGACAUCUACACCGAGCGGUAUUAAGGGAAAACCUGCAGUAUCAGUGUGAGAGAGCUUGACGUCACUGUGAACAGAAAAUCACAGAGCGUUUUCCCUCCUUACUGUGAUGAACAUUACAGUCCAAAUGUCUGGAAUCUCUGUUCAAAAGUUUGGCAUUAAUGUGUUUAAUAAUAUGAAACCAAUUUAGCUGCAUUUAACAUUUAAAUGAGGACUCUGCAUGACAAUGACACAAGCAGAAAAAAAUAAACAGAUUAUUGUUUUUAUGACAAAA